AUGGUAAAAGAUUUUCCGAUGUCCCAAAAUCCCAACCAUCCUACAUCAAGUUCAACUAGGUCUGCUUUUGCACCAAGAUCAAAAGUGAGAACCAAUACUGGGAAAGAAACUCUGAGGCAAGGUAGAGUUCUUGCACUUGUGCCUAGGGACGUCCAGAAUAUCGAAUCAGUGUUGUUAGGUAUAAUUCCUAUCUGUGCCCAAAAUGCAUAUGUGUUGAUAGAUUCUGGAUCUAUACAUUCAUUUGUGUCACAUGCCUUCUCUAAAAAGUUGACUAGACCCUUAGAAGCUAUAAACUAUUUUCUAUCUGUUGAUUUGCUUCCCUUGGAUAUAGACCAUUUUGAUUGCAUAUUGGGUAUGAACUGGUUGACUAAAUAUCAUGCUACCAUUGAUUGUGUUACUAAAUCUGUUAUGUUUCGACCACCAGAGUUGCCUGAAUUUGUAUUUGCUAGGAAUGGUGUAGUUUUCUGCUAUGAAAAUAGUGUUGAUAUGAAAACUAUUCCUAUAGUCAGUGAAUUCCCUGAUGUUUUCCCUAAUGACCUACCUGGAGAUUUGAUUGAUAGGGAAAUCGAAUUUACUAUUGAAAUUCUGUACCAUCCAGGGAAUGCUAACACAGUUGCAAAUGCCUUGAGUAGAAAAUCCAUUAGGAAUCUGGCUUGUUUGCUCACCGGUCAGAAAGAGUUGUUGUGUGACUUAGAAAGAAAUGAAAUUGAAAUUAUUCUGCAUGAACAGGGUGGAGUCUUAGCUGCUAUUUCUGCACAGCCAGCAAUAAUUGAGGAAGUUAAAGAAAAAGCAACUAGAAGAUGA